CUACGUCGUCGGUGGUGAGGGUAUUUUUUAAUUAAGACUAAUCAUUUUGGUAUUAAGAUGGUUGCUCUUUGGAGAAGAAGCAUUAGAAGCAGAGGCUAGAAAGGAAUAAAUAACCCGGCCUGCAUCUUUGAUCAGAUUGCUCUCUCUUUCGUCUUGGCGCUCAGUUCUCACGAGUCAAUGAGCUGCACCGCGACCAACGCCGCUGCCAGAGGGCGGAGCAGCUCGGGCUCUUACUUGCUGCCGCUCUGGAUCAGGCAGGACUCUGCUGCGGCGACGACCACAGAGGAAGAGGAAUUGCCGACGGAGCUCAACGCCACCGUGGACGGCUCAGCCGAGAGUUUCCUGGUGGUUUCGCCGGAUAAGCUAUCGGUCAAGUACGCGGCGGAGAGUUAUCACAGUUACGACGUCGGGGCUGUGCAGGCGAACAGGCCAGCGCCGGCUAGCCGGCUGGCUCCGUACUACUUCGAGAUGCGGGUCAGGAAUGCGGGGUCCAAGCGGCGGGUUGCGAUUGGAUUCACCAGGGAAGACUUUGACUUGUGUAUGCAGCCCGGGUGGAGAGCUAACAGUUGCGGAUACCAUGGAGACAAUGGCUUUGUUUAUCGUGGUCGAGGAGAGGGAGAGUCCUUUGGCCCUAGCUUUACAACCAACGACAUUGUUGGUGCUGGUAUCAACUAUGCCUCCAAUGAGUUCUUCUUCACUAAGAAUGGAACUAUGGUUGGUGCUGUGAGCAAGGACAUUGAAGGUCCAUUGUUCCCUACAGUUGCUGUUCAUGGUCUCAAUGAAGAGAUUGAAGUCAACUUUGGUCAAAAGCCAUUUGCAUUUAAUAUCAAGGACAAUGAUGAAGGUUGGAUUUCGAUAUCGUCGUCGCUAUUCAUCGAAGCACUUUCCGCUGUCUUCGAGCAGCUAGGCCAAGCUUUGGCAGCCAUGGUGAUGGCUUACAUUGGCUUCCUUCUCUGUAUCCACGAGGACCACGACAUAGUACUCCACAAGGCUCGCAGCGAACAAGAGGUUGCUGAGAGAAUCAGAGGCUCAUCGUGGCACUACAAACGUUUCCCAAGCCACAGGUUAUUAUUUGGGUCGGCUGCUGAUUACUUUGAACUGGUUGCUUCAAUGUGGCAAUCGUUCCACUCCACAUUGGGGUAUGUGUAUGCUGGAAGAAAUAAGGAGAACCCUAUUAGAAUGGGCGUGACGAUGCUUUUGUUCGUGAUUUGCGUGAUCAUUUUGAAACUUGUUAACAAGUACGAAAUGAUUGUUGCCCGCUCACCUCGCCAACACCGGCACUAGCUCUAGCUAGCCUCGAGAGGUGGUCAAAUCAUUGGUAUUUGAAUGUUCAUAUUCGAUUUCAACAUGUAUGCAUAUAAAGUCUCAACACGACA